UUCAAAGAAAAUAAGAUUACAAAUCAAGUGAGUAAUGAGUAUAGUGAAACAUGAUUAACCUCACGGAAGAAGAUGCUGGCUUAGCUGUGCUAGAGAAAUUGACGUCCAACGUGAAGCAAAUACAAGAUGCGGUACUGAAAGAGAUACUAACAUGUGAUGCCAACACAGAAUAUCUUAGGAGUUUUCUCCAUGGGAGUUCAGAUAAAGAGCUUUUUAAGAAGAAUGUUCCGGUAGGGACCUAUGAAGAUUUUAAGCCAUACAUUGAACGUGUCGUGAACGGCGAGUCAUCAGAGAUCAUUUCGGGCAAGCCUAUUACUGGAUUCACACUGACGUCUGGAACUUCAGGAGGAAAACAGAAGUUAAUACCUCUGAACAAUAAAUACUUGGAGAAUGCUAGAUUAUUAUUUGAUCUUCGCUACCUCGUAUUAUCCAAGCAUGUCGAUGGCCACAACGAAGGAAAAGGGUUGCAUCUCAUCUUCCUUAAACCAGCCUCCAAGACUCUAUCUGGUUUGCCAGCUUCAUAUGCUACUACACAUUUCAUGAAAAGCGAUUAUUAUGUGAAGAACCUACCAUCAUAUUGGGAUACUUCAAGCACAAGUCCCAGUGAAAUCAAAUUUUGUCCUGACAAUAAACAGAGUCUAUACUGUCAUCUCCUUUGUGGUCUUGUCCUGAGAGAUGAAGUUACAAGAGUGUGUGCUAACUUUGCUUCUAUCUUGGUUCAAGGAAUCACUUUUCUUGAAAACUUUUGGAAAGAGAUGUGCAGUAACAUACGAUCAGGUCAGCUUAGUGAUUGGAUCACUGAUAGCUGCAAGGACUCUGUUUCCAUGAUACUUGGAGGACCUAAUCCUCAACUGUCAGAUAUAAUAGAAGAUAUAUGCAACCAAAAGUCAUGGAAAGGUAUUAUUCCACAGCUCUGGCCCAAAAUCAAGUUUAUUGAAUGCAUUGUUACAGGACAGAUGGCUCAACACGUUCCAUUAUUGGAGUUUUAUGUCAAUGAUCUGCCUCUUGUUUCCCCAAAUUAUGCUUCUUCUGAAGCGAUGUUUGGGGUAAAUCUGAAUCCUCUAUGCAAACCACAAGAUGUCUCGUAUACAUUUCUGCCAAACAUGUCAUACUUCGAGUUUAUACCAAUUGGUGAAGUAAACGACACAAUUGUUGAUCUUGUGAACGUAAACUUAGGUCGCUACUAUGAACUUGUAGUCACUAACUAUGCUGGUUUACACCGUUAUAGGGUGGGUGACAUUCUACAGGUGACUGGAUUUUACAAUAGCGCACCACAAUUUAAAUUUAUACGAAGACAAAAUGUGGUCUUAAGUGUUUAUUUGGAGGCAACAACAGAAGAAGACCUUUUAAAAGGAGUGACUCGUGCAUCACAAGUACUUAAAUCUUCAUACAUAAUGUUGAGGGAUUUCACAUGCUAUCCUCAUGUCUCCGACAUUCCAGGUCACUAUGUUCUUUAUUGGGAACUCAAAGGAAACAAAGAUGAUGGAAUCAAUGAGCUUGACACCAAUAUGUUGGUGGAAUGUUGCUCUGUAGUAGAGAAAUCCCUUGGUGCUCUUUACAAGAGAUAUCGGAGUAAGGAAGGAUCUAUUGGAGCUUUAGAGAUAAGGGUGGUUCAACAAGGAGCAUUUGAUGUUCUCAUGGAAUAUUUCAUUUCUCAAGGUGCUUCUCUGGCUCAAUACAAGACACCUAGAUGCAUAAAAUCUUCUGAGGCCAUACAAGUUCUUGAAAACAGGGUUUUUGCUCGUUUUUCCAGCGAGAAAUUACCUUAAUGUUAAUUAGGCUCAUCUUCUACAUUUUUCAUAAUAAUCUCUAUAUUUUUUUUUUGAAAAAAUAUAAUAAUAAAAAUCUCUAUAUUGCACAAAUGUUGUAUUAAAAACUCGAGGGAAAUAUUCUCUAUUUCUUAUUUGUAUCUGUAUUGGAUUUUU